UUUCUCCUGCCAGCCCCCCUCUGCCUGCUGACCCUGCUGCUGCCACCCCUUGGUCUGGGGGCCCCCAUCUCCCCAGCUGAGCCCAUCAGUCAAGCCUACAGCCUGGCACUCUACAUGCAGAAGAAUACUUCAACACUGCUGCAGACUUAUCUCCAGUGCCAAGGCAGCCCCUUUAGUGAUCCUGGCUUCUCAGCCCCAGAGCUCCAGCUCAGCAGCCUGCCUCCUGCUGCCGUCUCCUUCAAGACCUGGCAUGCGCUGAACGACAGGGAGCGUCUGAGCUGUGCCCAGGGGGCCUUCCUGGCCUUGACCCAGCACCUCCAGCUCGUGGAGGUUGACCAGAGUGACCUGAACCCUGGCAGUCCCAUCCUUCUGGCUCAGCUCGGGGCUGCAAGACUCAGGGCCCAAGGCCUGCUGGGCAACAUGGCUGCCAUCAUGACUGCCCUGGGCCUGCCUAUCCCCCCAGAAGAGGACACUCUCGGGCUUGUCCCCUUCGGGGCCUCGGCCUUCGAGAGGAAAUGUCGAGGUUAUGUAGUAACCCGGGAAUAUGGCCAUUGGACUGACCGAGCUGUGAGGGACUUGGCUCUGCUCAAGGCCAAAUACCCUGGGUAG